UCACCAUGACCAAUGAAUUGGAGAGGUGUGAAGCAAAUGAUAGGCUCCUGGAAAAUGUGUGGGCUAGUUUCUUCGCUGGCAAUGCCCCAGAAAGCUGCAGUUCUAAUGAUGAACCCAACAAGAAGUCUGCAGACUCCCGAGACUGGAACGAAAUGCCUUGUCUGGAAGGAGGGGAAGGAAAUCUGGCAGUCCUACAGAGGCUUCCAAGCCUUGGCAGAUGGAUAUCUAUGGGAGCUGAAAUCUGGGAUGAACUGCUCAAUGGAAUUAUAGCCUCAAAUAACUGUGAAACUACCACUCAUGAUUCAGGAUACCAUGCUUGCUCAUCUUCAACACCAAAGACUUUAGCAGCAGAAAGGGUUACUCCCAAGCAUUUUAGAGGGGUGAGAAGGCGACCAUGGGGAAAAUUUGCAGCAGAGAUAAGGGACACCUCAAGGAAAGGGAUCAGGGUUUGGCUCGGAACUUUCAAUACUGCAGAAGAAGCUGCCCUUGCAUAUGACAAAGCUGCUUUGCGAAUGAGAGGACCACAAGCUCACCUCAAUUUCCCCAUGGAGGCAGUUGCCAAGGCUUCUGAAGAUGCUCACCUUAAACAGGCCUUGGCAUGCACCACGAGUGGCACUGCUUGCCCAGUGUAUGGCUGUGCUGGGACAAAUUAUGGCCCAAGAAAGAGAACAACAAGGGAAUGGGACAUCUAUGAUGAGGUUCGAGCUGAAACACCAGCAGGGAAGAGGAAUAGCGGCAUCAAAGGGAUAGUCCGCAAUAAAGUAGAUGUUGUGGAGUUAUAA